AUGGAUUCUACCCCUCAACAUCGCCCCAGACGACCGGUACCGGCGCCUUCGAAUAACGUCAUCGUCGAAUCGCAGAAACAGUGGUAUUUCACAGACGAAGAGCUUACUAGAACACCCUCACUGCUCGACGGCAUGAGUCUAGAGACGGAACACAUGCAGCGCAGCAAAGGAGUCAAUUUUAUUGUCCAAGUGGGCAUUAUGCUGAAGCUUCCACAGCUCACCUUGACGACGGCUGCUGUUUUCCUACAUCGAUUCUUUGUGCGACACAGCAUGGUUGAUAUGCCUCGAAAACCUGGUUUGCAUCCAUAUUCUGUUGCGGCGGGGUGUCUGUUCUUGGCGAGCAAGGUGGAUGAGAAUUGUCGCAAGAUUAAGGAAAUGGUUAUCGCCUGUUGUCGCGUUGCGCAAAAGAACAACAAUCUCGAAGUUGAUGAGCAAAACAAAGAAUUUUGGAGGUGGAAGGACACAUUACUUGCUUACGAGGAUAUGUGUUUGGAAGCAUUAUGUUUCGACCUUCAGUUGGAACAGCCGCACAAGAUCUGUUACGAAUUUCUAUGCUAUUUCGGCAAAAACGACCACAAAGGUUUGCGGAAUGCCGCUUGGGCGUUUCUCAAUGACUCUAACUACACUGUUCUCUGUCUGCAGUUCUAUCCCCGAACAAUUGCUGCAGCUGCCCUUUGGGCUGGAGCCAGAUUGUGUGAUGUUGCUUUUGAAGAUGAUGAAGAAGGUCGACCCUGGUGGGUACAGAUAGAUGUCGACCUCUCCGAAGUCCGACGCGCCGUCAGUCGCAUGGUUCAGUUGUACGAGAAAAACAUAACUGUUCAUCGACAAGCUCACGAAUAUCCAAUCAUUCCGACAGAUGGUGACCAGGAGUCGACGCGGAUCAUCAACCCGAACCCUCACAGCGUGACGGAGUCGCUGUCAGCGGGCGAAUCGAAUGGACGCAAACGGUCGAGGGAACCUGAAGGAGAAGAUCGCCCAUCUCCAGCACGAAACUUACAACCCCCUGAAAGCAAUAACCAUACUCGAGAGCCCUCGCCGAAACGCCAACGCUUAACUCCGGAGCCUAAUAGAACAGCAAUGAGAUCAGAGAGUCCCCGCAGCCUUGCAAAUGGUCACCAUCAGCCAUCCAGAUCUAAUUCGCGCAUCCCUUCUGGCGCGUUGGAUAGCACGUACCGACGCCAACAACAUCAUCCUCUCCCACCGCUGCCACCACCACCAAUUGGAGCCGAUGGACGCGAAAGAGCUGGUCCUGUCGACGCAGUCCAGCAACGUAUCGACGAGAUUGUACAACAGGGAAUGGCGCGCAAUGACAAAUCCGGGCCCAGCGCAAGUCGCAAUGAUUCAUACAAUGGUCGACAUCGCGACCGCGAUCGAGACAGAGACCGAGACAGAUACAGAGAUCACGAUAGAUACGUGGAUCGCGAUCACGACCGGGAUCGUGGUCGAGACCGCGACUGGCGCAGAUCAGCCAGUUACGAAUCGGCAGAUUACAGAGACCGCGACAGUCGAAGUCGAGAUUACUAUAGGGAUAGCAUGAACAGUAACGAUAGAAAUUGGGGCCAUAGCCACAACAAGGAUAUAUUACCACCGCGGGAAAGGAGAAGAUCAUCGACAACGAAUGAGUCGCUACCACCGCGUCCGCCACCGCCGCCGUCAUCGUCACAGCGACCAUCAGAGGAAAGAAGGAGAGAGGAACCGAAUGAGGAAGGCGAAAUAUCGGAAGAAGGAGAGGUCGUCGCGACUACAACGACGAAUAGAAAUAGCAACAACCAUGAUGUUGAGAAUCAUAGACACCACGAUAAGAACAUGGACAAUGGCGACGAUGAUGGUGGUGGUGGUAGCGAGGAAGGGGAGCUUUGA